CGUGGGAGGGAGCAGCCAGGGAUUGGGCAGCAGACUUUGGGGACACCACACUGCCAGGGCACGACUGUUUCCCAAGGCCUGGCCACACUGACACUGGCUGAAGGAGCCAAGUGAAGUGACCUCUGGGUUGUCUAGGCAAUGCCACUUGUCCCUGCAGCCUCCUGAAGGCACAGUGGGCAUCAGAAUGGGUAGAAUCCCCCCGACAGAAACAGCCUGUUCAAAGACCCCACACUUUGGGGCCAGGAAUUUCCACGUCCCUUCAGGGCUGGUGCUGCCUGACAUUACCCUGGGGCUGCAGGUAGGGUGGGGCUGGAAACUCCCAGACAAAAAUGGUUGAUUUGCAUGGUCUCCUUUGACAGGAGGUUGGGGGAAGUGGGGAGAGCUGCUAGGAACCUGGGUGAGGGGAAGCACCCCCCACCAGCCUGGAAGUUCCCACAUAGAGGGUACCAGAGCAAUACCUUGGUCCUUAAGCAGAUUUCCUGCUGGGCUAUGAAUCCUUGACCUCCCCACCAGCUGAGUCACCACCUCCGGAAGAGGAAAUGACCUGGGUGGUAGAGAAGAGCCUCUAGGGACCAAGGAGUCCUGACACCUAGGGGAAAGGGGACUCAGGACCUCGUUGUCUUGGGGGCUGUAUCUCCCUGAGCCAGAAGUCAGUGAUCCCAUCCCUGUUCCUCUCAGCAGAGUCCUGUCCUUUCAGCCAUCACAGUGGGCCCAUUUCCUCUCUAGAGGUGUCUGCCCGCUGCAUGUGGGAGCAUGGACCCUGCAAGCAGUUUUCUCACAGCCUCUUCUGAGUGAUUUUGAGCUGGGCAAUGAGAUUGGUGGGCCAGCUGGAAAACUAAGCAGAGGUUCUCGGGUGGGGGCAGCUGGAAAUAGGCAGAUUGCCACAGGUGUGUGAAUGCCUUCUGUACCGGUGGCAGUUCUGUGUUGAGCAAGUAACUGGAGGCCCUGGGCAUCCAUGGAAGCUUUCCUGGUCUCCCACCCCAGCCAGGGUUAGGCCCUGCUUCCCCCCUUCGCCCCCACUCCCCAGUUGCACUGGGAGGGCAAAAGAUCUCUGGGCUCUUUGUCUCAGCAGCCUCCUGGGCUUUAUUCUCAUGGGUAUGCUCUUGGCCUUUCACUCAGGUAACUCACACCUGCUUCCUGUUUGUGAGCACACGUCUCCACUCCCCACCCUGCCUCCUAAGAGGGAGCCACAGCAAUGUGUUCCCAGAGCCCCAUCCCUUUCCUUUCACUCAUCUCAGGGGCUCCUGGCCUGGUGCUGGGAAGCCCCCUUCCCUCAUUUUUAAAAACUGCACCCACCAGGAACCAGCCCUCCAGCUUUCCAUCCCCUGAGGCCUUCUUGGGGACAGUAUAUAAAAAGGAGGGGUCUCUGGGAGCUGGGCAGACUCCUGAGGGGUGAAGUGGGGGAGGUGUAAGAUGGGAAAGUCCUGACUCAUCUGUGCUUGACUCAGCUAGCCCUCCUGCUGGGUGGGAGCAGGGCGGUGGAGUUCUAGAGGAGAAGGCAACUCCAGGAAUCUUCUGGGGUGGAGACUUGGCCAACUGGGAGACACUGGAGAGGACUAAUUUUCUAACUGCUCCUUCCCAAAUUAUUACAGGUCCCAAUAUUUGAAGCUGUAAACCAUAGGAGGUAGUGGUAGCCCUUGCCCUGCCCCUCCUCCCAUAAGGGGCUGAGACCAGUGCCUCGCAUGUGGGAAGCUCACCUACCUAGUGCAGGCUCACAGGAGCAGUCAUGACUCAGAGAGGGAACACUGCAGUGUAGGGGUAACACCGCUGUGACAGGGUCUUGGUUCUGGCCGGCACUGGUCACAUGACCCAGGGGCACGUCUCUUCCUUUUCCCAGAUCUCAAUUUCCUCAUUAUGAAAUGGCGAGAAUAAAACUACCUAUCUCCCGGGUAGGUGGUUAAGUAGUUUUGAGGACCAUCAAGGUGGUGAAGGUGGAAGCCUGAGACCCAUGUCAGCCAUAGGCCUGCCAUUUAGCCCAGUGCUGCCUCCAGCCCUUUCCUGCCUUGGCUCUAACCCCUGUGAUGCAGGAGAUGGGGGCUGGCAGCAGGCUACUUCCCAGCCAGGCCCUGGACUUUGAAACCUUCCACUGAGGCGCCUCCCUCCCGUGAGACUGAGCUGGAGCGGGGAAGGCCGGUGUGCUCCGGGGGUUAAGUUAGGGUUAGACUCUCACAGGUUCACAGGUGGAGUCCCCUCACCCAGAGGUCCCAGCCCUGCCUCUGGCGACCUGGCAGAGUGCAGCUGUAGGGUGCGCCGGUGUUUGGCUGGACCUGCCACCUGGACAAAACUCCAGGACCAAGACUCCUCCCCUCCCCUCCCCUCCCCUGUCCCUUACCGGGAUUGCCUGGGGGUGGCAGGGCAGGGGGCGGUAGGGUGAGGCUUCUGUGUUUGUGUAAGUCUAUUUGUUGGUGGUGUAUCUAUGGCCCCGUGUGUGUGUUUCUCUGUAACUACCCGGCUCAACUUUCUAUGGCUCCCUUGUGGCCGGGCCUCAGUCUUUUUAUCUGUUCAAUGAGUCGGCGCGUGCGCUCGAUCUCUGCCCUCAGGCAGCCUCGGCGUCCGCGGGCCGGAGGCUGUUUUGCUGGCUCCUUCUUGGGCCGGCGCCUCCCGCGUCCUCCAGCACACCUCCGCGGGGUCUGCGUGGGUGCGCCUCUAGCUUCCUGGGCUCCGUGCGUGUCUUUGUCUCCCGGUCCACGUGUGAGCUUCCGUGCUCCAGUACCGAGUACCUGGCUGGGCCCUGGGCACGCACAGGGGCCGUAGCCCCACUGUGUGUGGGAGCCAUGAGGAUCCUGGCUAACAAGACAAGGUUACCCCACCCCAGGAGGAGAGAAACUCCAGGGAGCCCUCCACUGUCCCCCCGCGGCCACUGCCCCCCUGCCCCAACCAAGCCAAUGCACCCAGAAAAUAAGUUGACCAAUCAUGGCAAGACAGGGAAUGGCGGGGCCCAAUCCCAGCACCAGAAUGUGAACCAAGGACCCACUUGCAACCUGGGCUCGAAGGGCGUGGGGGCGGGGAACCAUGGGGCCAAGGCCAACCAGAUCUCACCUAGCAACUCAAGUCUGAAGAACACCCAGGCGGGGGUGCCCCCUUUCAGCUCACUCAAGGGCAAAGUGAAGAGGGAGCGGAGCGUGUCUGUGGACUCCGGAGAGCAGCGAGAGGCUGGCACUCCAUCUCUGGACUCAGAGGCCAAAGAGGUGGCACCCCGGAGUAAGCGGCGUUGUGUGCUGGAGCGGAAGCAGCCAUACAGUGGGGACGAAUGGUGCUCAGGACCAGACAGCGAAGAGGACGACAAGCCCAUUGGGGCCACCCACAAUUGUAAUGUAGCAGACCCAGCCAUGGCGGCCCCACAGCUGGGUCCUGGCCAAGCCGCCCAACUGCCCCUCAGUGAGACCAGCGCACCAGGCCCCCCUCAUGGGCCCCCACCUGGCCUUCGGCCUGAUGCACCUGUGGGUGGGGGCGGGGGUGUCCCUGGAAAGCCUCCCUCACAGUUCGUGUAUGUCUUCACCACCCACCUGGCCAACACGGCUGCAGAGGCGGUGCUACAGGGCCAGGCUGACUCCAUCCUCGCUUACCACCAGCAGAAUGUGCCCCGGGCCAAGCUCGACCAGGCCCCCAAAGUGCCGCCCACUCCAGAACCGCUACCCCUGGGCACACCAUCAGCAGGCACCCCACAGUCCCAGCCACCUCCACUGCCGCCACCGCCACCCCCAGCCCCUGGCAGUGCCCCCCCCACUCUGCCUUCUGAGGGGCCUCCUGAGGACACCAGUCAGGACCUGACACCCAACUCAGUGGGAGCUGCCAGCACGGGUGGUGGGACUGGGGGUACCCACCCUAACACCCCUACAGCUGCUACCAACAACAACCCGCUGCCUCCUGGAGGAGACCCCAGCAGUACCCCUGGCCCUGCCCUGCUAGGGGAGGCCACCCCCACAGGAACUGGGCAGCGGAGCCUGGUGGGCUCGGAGGGCCUGUCCAAGGAGCAGCUGGAGCAUCGGGAGCGUUCCCUCCAGACACUUCGAGACAUUGAGCGGCUGUUGCUCCGCAGUGGGGAGACUGAGCCCUUCCUUAAGGGGCCCCCGGGAGGAGCAGGUGAGGGGGGACCACCAGCACAAGCCCCUCCUGCCCCCCAGCAGCCACCCACGGCCCCUCCCAGUGGGCUGAAGAAAUAUGAGGAGCCCUUGCAGUCCAUGAUUUCUCAGACACAGAGCCUAGGGGGCCCCCCGCUGGAGCAUGAAGUGCCUGGGCACCCCCCGGGUGGGGACAUGGGGCAGCAGAUGAACAUGAUGAUGCAGAGGCUGGGCCAGGACAGCCUAACGCCUGAGCAGGUAGCCUGGCGCAAGCUGCAAGAAGAGUACUAUGAAGAGAAGCGGCGGAAGGAGGAGCAGAUUGGGCUGCAUGGGGGCCGCCCUCUACAGGACAUGAUGGGCAUGGGGGGCAUGAUGGUGAGGGGGCCACCACCUCCCUACCACAGCAAGCCUGGGGAUCAGUGGCCUCCCGGAAUGGGCGCACAGCUGCGGGGGCCCAUGGAUGUCCAAGAUCCCAUGCAGCUCCGGGGUGGACCUCCCUUCCCUGGCCCCCGUUUCCCAGGCAACCAGAUGCAACGGGUGCCUGGGUUUGGGGGCAUACAGGGCAUGCCCAUGGAGGUGCCUAUGAAUGCCAUGCAGAGGCCUGUGAGGCCAGGUAUGGGCUGGACCGAAGACUUGCCCCCCAUGGGGGGGCCCAGCACUUUUGCCCAGAAUGCAGUGCCAUACCCAGGUGGGCAGAGUGAAGCAGAACGAUUCAUGACCCCUCGUGUUCGCGAGGAGCUGCUGCGGCAUCAGCUGCUGGAGAAGCGGUCACUGGGCAUGCAGCGCCCUCUGGGAAUGGCCGGUGGUGGUGGCAUGGGGCAGGGUGUGGAGAUGGAGCGGAUGAUGCAGGCGCACCGGCAGAUGGAUCCGGCCAUGUUCCCUGGGCAGAUGGCUGGUGGCGAGGGCCUGGCAGGCACUCCUAUGGGCAUAGAAUUUGGUGGAGGCCGGAGCCUUCUAAGCCCCCCCAUGGGACAGUCUGGGCUGAGGGAGGUGGACCCACCCAUGGGGCCAGGCAACCUCAACAUGAACAUGAAUGUGAAUAUGAACAUGAAUAUGAACUUGAAUGUUCAGAUGACCCCCCAGCAGCAGAUGCUGAUGUCACAGAAGAUGCGGGGCCCUGGGGACAUGUUGGGGCCACAAGGCCUCAGUCCUGAGGACAUGGCCCGAGUGCGGGCUCAGAACAGCAGUGGCAUGAUGGGCGGCCCGCAGAAGAUGCUGAUGCCCUCGCAGUUUCCCAGCCAGGGCCAGCAGGGGUUCUCUGGGGGCCAGGGACCCUACCAAGCCCUGCCCCAGGACAUGGGCAGUACCCAAGACAUGUUCAGCCCUGAGCAGAGCUCAAUGCCCAUGGGCAAUGUGGGCACCACUCGGCUCAGCCACAUGCCUCUGCCCGCUGCGUCCAAUCCUCCUCCUGGGUCCGUGCAUUCAGCCCCAAGCAGGGGGCUGGGCAGACGGCCUUCGGACCUCACCAUCAGUAUUAAUCAGAUGGGCUCGCCGGGCAUGGGGCACCUGAAGUCGCCCACCCUUAGCCAGGUGCACUCGCCUCUGGUCACCUCACCCACUGCCAACCUGAAGUCACCCCAGACUCCCUCACAGAUGGUGCCCUUGCCUUCGGCCAACCCACCAGGACCUCUCAAGUCGCCCCAGGUCCUCAGCUCCUCUCUCAGUGUCCGUUCGCCCACUGGCUCUCCCAGCAGGCUCAAGUCUCCUUCCAUGGCGGUGCCUUCUCCAGGCUGGGUUGCCUCGCCCAAGACAGCCAUGCCCAGCCCUGGGGUUCCCCAGAACAAGCAGCCGCCUCUCAGCAUGAACUCUUCUACUCUGGGCAACAUAGAUCAAGGUAACCUCCCACCUAGCGGUCCCCGGAGCAGCUCCUCAGCGCCUCCUGCCAAUCCUCCCAGCGGCCUCAUGAACCCCAGCCUGCCAUUCACUUCCUCCCCAGACCCCACGCCUUCCCAGAACCCUCUGUCAUUGAUGAUGUCCCAGAUGUCCAAGUAUGCUAUGCCCAGCUCCACCCCACUCUACCACAAUGCCAUCAAGACCAUCGCCACCUCAGACGAUGAGCUGCUGCCCGACCGGCCCCUGCUACCCCCGCCACCACCACCGCAGGGCUCCGGGCCAGGGAUCAGCAAUAACCAGCCCAACCAGAUGCACCUGAACUCAGCUGCUGCCCAGAGCCCCAUGGGCAUGAACCUGCCAGGCCAGCAGCCCCUGUCCCAUGAGCCCCAACCUACAAUGUUGCCCUCCCCCACCCCUCUGGGUUCCAACAUUCCACUGCACCCCAAUGCUCAGGGGACAGGAGGACCCCCUCAAAACUCGAUGAUGAUGGCUCCAGGGGGCCCAGAUACCCUGAAUACUCCCUGUGGCCCUGUGCCCACCUCCUCCCAGAUGAUGCCCUUUCCCCCUCGGCUUCAGCAGCCCCACGGUGCCAUGGCCCCCACUGGGGGUGGGGGCGGGGCACCUGGCCUGCAGCAGCACUAUCCUUCAGGCAUGCCCCUGCCCCCAGAGGACCUGCCCAGCCAGCCUCCCGGCCCCAUGCCUCCCCAGCAGCACCUGAUGGGCAAAGGCAUGGCUGGGCGCAUGGGCGAUACAUACCCACCGGGCGUGCUCCCCGGGGUGGCAUCAGUGCUGAACGACCCUGAGCUGAGCGAGGUGAUCCGGCCCACCCCGACGGGGAUCCCUGAGUUCGACUUAUCAAGGAUUAUCCCCUCUGAGAAGCCAAGCAGCACCCUCCAGUACUUCCCCAAGAGCGAGAACCAGCCCCCCAAGGCCCAGCCCCCCAAUCUGCAUCUCAUGAACCUGCAGAACAUGAUGGCUGAGCAGACCUCCUCACGGCCCCCCAACCUCCCGGGCCAGCAGGGUGUCCAGCGGGGGCUCAACAUGCCUAUGUGCCACCCCGGACAGAUGUCCUUGUUGGGCAGGACAGGUGUGCCCCCUCAGCAGGGCAUGGUGCCUCACGGCCUGCACCAGGGGGUCAUGUCCCCUCCACAAGGCCUCAUGACCCAGCAGAAUUUCAUGCUGAUGAAGCAACGGGGUGUGGGGGGUGAGGUCUACAGCCAGCCCCCCCACAUGCUCUCCCCACAGGGUUCCCUCAUGGGCCCCCCACCCCAGCAGAACCUCAUGGUGUCCCACCCCCUGCGGCAGCGCAGCGUGUCACUGGACAGCCAGAUGGGCUACCUCCCUACACCAGGCAGCAUGGCCAACCUGCCUUUCUAGCACUCUGCUGGGGGCUGGAACUGGGGCGAUAUUGCAAAUAUGAUAACCUGAAAAAAGUUUCUUUCCCUCCAGUGUUGGAAUGGCCUGGGUCAAGGGGUGGGGUGGAGGGGUUGGGAGGGGACUUGUGUGGGGAGUGGCAUUUGUGGAAACCAGAUGUGCUGACAGCUUAGUGGGGAGUGGUGGAAUGGGGUGGGGGACUUUGGUUUGGGGUUUGUUCCAUUUUGGCCACCAGGACUGCCCCUUCCCCAACCCCCCAAGUCCUAUGGAGCCUCCGUUUCUCCUCUGUCCCUGUAUCUACCCUCACUCAGCUAUGCUGUCAGAGACCGGUAUCGCAUUCUCGGGGGGGAGAGAGGAGAGGUGAAGUAGCCCCUCUAUCCCUUUUCUUUCCGUCACUCUCUUCAUUGCUUCAGCUUCACUGUCCUCUUGGUUUCUCUGCCUCCACCAGGUUCUCUUCUCUUUUCCUGCCUCGUUUCCCUUCCCUGCUGAUGUGGCUGACCCCUCCCCCACCCUUUCCUGCCGGCAGCCGGCCAGGUGGGCAGGCGCUAGCCGAAGCUGUAAAUAGAGCACUGCGCUUCUGUGCUGGUUUGUGUGUGUGCUGUAUUUCUGUGUUUUGAUAGAAGUCACACAAAAAAAGGAUAAAAGAAACCCUUCCCCCCUUCAAAUUAUUGCCCCUUCCAUUCCCCUGGACCCAGGUAUGUGUAGUGUGACACACCUGUCCGCUGUUUGCAGUGUCUCUGGGUCCAUAAAGGAUACCAUUCCAGUCCCCUUCCAAAUGGUGAAAUGACAUAGAUACCCCAAACCUAAAUUGAGGUCAGACCAUCAAAGCUUCCAUUGGUGAGCUCCAGCAGGGCUGAGACCACCCCCACCCCACCAGGUUGGCAGCCUGUCAGCUGCUGAGUGACGUGGGAAAACGUGAGCAUGCAUUCGUGUUUGCACUGCACAGCGACACGAGGCCCGAGGCCCUUGGCUUCCCAGCUGUGGAUGUCUGGUGUCUCCUGCUGCUACAUGUGAACCAGAACUUGAAGUCCUUGGUUCCCAGUCUGGGGUGAGAGAAAGGAGAAAGGUGGAGACUGUGUGGCCUCCUCGAAUGGAGCCAUGGAGGAGUGGACUGGUGGCCCACAUGGUCCUGUGCCUGCUGCAGUAGCCCUGAGCCAAAUAACCCUCAGGGCCCUAACUCUUCCAGAGGCUGCCUUCUGCUGCUUUACCAAAGGAAGAAGGAAAAGGGUUUGAUGAGUCUAUCUCCCUCCAGCCUCCACUCCCUGAUGGAUUAAAGGAAGUGUUGGACAGGGAGCAGGGGAGCAUCUUGCAGAUUUAUCUUUGCCUACUCACCGGCAAGGCCCCUCUGCCCAGAGCUCAAGGCUCGGUGCCCACCCAGGCGCAGUCACUGCCUCCCUUUCAGCCCCAAAGACCUCCCUACCCAACUCUGGCCAGAGCUGAAGCCAUAGCGACUGGGUGUUUUGACCCUGUCGGCCCCAGGAGUAAAACACUUCUCCUUUUCUCACUUCCUCUCCUGCCUUCUGAGGCUGCAGGGCUGGUGGCCUGGCAGAAAGCCUGUCUGAGGCUUUUUGCACUGUGCCUCCAGGGUGAGGGGCCAUCUUUAGACAAGGUGUCUUUUGCCAUGGCCCAGUCCCCAGCCUUCCUGACCUGCAGGGCCUGGUCUUGCAUUGGCAGCUGUGAUACAAGGGAAUUUGCCCCACUUCUCCCAGUCUGGUGCUGUCCUCAGUCCACCAUCAGCCAGGUCAAGUGCUUCCUCCGGGGCUGGCUGCAGGCUCCUGCCUCCCUCAGCACCUCCCAGGGGCCAGGGCCCAGGGCCCAGGCCUCUGCGUGCAGGGGCUACCUGCCUGCCCUUCAUCCAGCCAGGCACUUUGUCUGCCCUUCCUCAACCUGGACCCUGCGCCGGUGAGCCCCCCACCCUUGACCCAAGAUUCCCCAAACUGACUAAGUGUUUCCUGCCUGGAGGAGAGAGGGGUCAGACUGCAACGGGCCCAGCGCUCUCCCCAUUCUCCCACCUCCUCCGUCAGAGUAGCUUUUCAAGGUGAACUCCACAGGCCAGCCUACUUCCCUCCAUCCAUGGCCAUACCCCCAGCCAUUUUGUACCAUUAUAUAAAUAUAUAUAUAAAUAUAAAUAUAUAAAUACAAUAUGUGAAGACAUCCUCUUGGUUUUUAUUUUGAAAUAAUUUUUAGGCUUGUUCCGGGGGUCUCUGUGCUGCCUGUACUGUAUUGACCUGUUUUAUAGGUGCCUUUUUAUUAAAAAGAGAAAAUUAAAAAUCCA